AUGGUGAACCGACGAGCUAGCGAUGCAGCGGCUCCCCCAACUCAAACACCCGUUGCAACCGUCGCCAAGCGAAAACGACGUGCUUCCUGCCUAGGAGAACAAGAGCGUCGCGAACGGAAAAGAGCUAUUGACCGUGAAGCUCAACGCUCACUGCGAGAAAAGACCAAAACGCACAUCGCGGAAUUGGAACGAACAAUCCAGAUACUUCGCGAUCAAGAUCGUAACGGGGCUACGUCGAGUCUGCUCUCCGAGAUUGAUAAUCUACGAGCGGAAAAUGAGCAGUUGAGGGAUGUCAUCGAUAGCGUCAAGAGUGUAGUGGGGCUGGACCUUGGGGUGUCGAGCAAGACCGCUGCGGCGAUCGUACCACCAUACCUCGCUGAUGAUGGUGACGAUGAGGACACUCCUCUCGCUGCGACGAGUGCCGGUACGCAUGGAUCUCUAGCACUGACCCUUGACUCACUAUGGAUGCUAGGGCAGCAAUCGCCUAAGCCAAGCAUUGUCUCGUCUAGCAGUAUGACGAGACCACCUGCAUCUCUGCCGGCGCCCAUCGACCAGCCCACCACCCAUAGUUCUUCUGAAACAAUGCGCUCGCUCGAUCUUGAUGGUAUGACAGUAAUGCCAGAUCUAUUUCCGCCGCCUGUGGGGUCGAAUCAACCACUUAGCUUGGAGCCCGUUCUCCCGCCUGUACACAAGAGCUCAGCAGAAGAAAAGGGAGGAGGCCAGCACUGGGCCCAUGCAUCAGCUACAGCAACAUGGGCGCCCAUGAUGGAAGAAAUUUUCGGCCCAAACUGGCGUUGUCCCUCUCCAACAAUCCUCCACAUUGGCAACCCAGACAACCCCACCCCCCUAGCCUCAUCCUCCAUUUGCCCUAUUUGGAAAAAGAGCAACGAACUCUUUGGCAAAGUCUUUACCUACAAUCGUCGUUACUCAGGCAAUUCUGACAAGUAUUCAUCUUCGUGCCACAAUCUAGUGCCGGUCGAUAUCGCAGAAGCAGGACUUCUAUACGCUGGCAUAAAGCAGGGUUGGAACAGCUUAGCCUCGUUGGAAUGGAAGAAAAGUCCAGCGCUUGCUAUUCUGAAACAGGUCGACGAGUUGCUGUUUGUUCAUUUACCCAAUGUAGAGAGGCUGGCUGUGGCGUAUAAGAGCUUCAAACUGCUCAAGUAUUAUCUGAACGCAAGAAAAGAAGAAUUAGACAGAGUACCCGACUGGCUCCGUCCAAGGUAA